AUGGCCGUCGAGCGAGGAAAUCGCGCCAAGGCCCGACGAGUAGUAGCUCUCCAAGCCCGAGACUCCAUUCUUGAGCACGUGGCAAACCUCCCAAAGCUUGGAGCUUUCGUCCAUGUACUCGUCGAGCCAUUUUUCGCCGACGGGCAGAUGGAGCUUUUGGACCAAAAGGACCUUAAAAGGGACAAAGCCCUCUGCAAGAAUUGUAAGGACAUGAAAUUGGUCGAACCGAACACGCGCUCGAGGUCGUCUAUGCCGCGUGUCAGAAAAUUUAAGGAGAAUGCAGGAAAGAAGGGUUGCUAUGGAGUGAGGAUGAUCAAGGAUUUUGGGAAAAGGGUAUUUGUUGGGGAGCAAUGA